AUGUCGAACACGCAGGAGAAGAUAGUGCCUUCGGGCCAGCACUACUCUGGGGCCAACCGCAUCCCCAACAUCAAGCAGUUUAUGGAUAACCUCGACCAAGAGAAAAAACAACGUGAUGCCCAAAUCGAUGCUCGGCUGCAGAAACAACAACCUGGCCAGCCUGGUGGUGAGACGGUUGACCACACGGCAAACGAUGUCAGCGGCAAGCGACGCCGUGUUGUCACCGACCCGGUCACAGGGCGUGAGGUCGAGAUUGACGACAUGGAUGGCAAGCUGCUCAAGUCCAUUCAGAAUCCCGUGCUGUCGGUGCCCAAUGCCAACCUCGAUAAGGAGACCACGGUCAAAACCGAAGCCACGCAGUCUGGCGAGGAGUACCGCCGCAACCAGGACAUCACAGCACCGCCCGAUCCGGUAGAGCCUGGCUCGACGAGCGAUGUUCCCAUCCACGGCGAGAAGACCAAUGUGCUCUUCCACCCGACGCCCUCCGUUAGCUUCGAGCCCAUGUACGUCGCACUCGAGGCGCGUGCCAAUGUGCUGUGCGCCACCAUCUUCAUGGCCAUUGUGCUUGUCGGCAAGCUCUUUGGCGGCCGCCUGCUGGGCUUGAUCCCACUAGCCAUAUGUGUGGCCUCUGGCAUCUUUCUCUGGUUCAAAGACCUCAUUCGCCAGGGCCGCGACAUGGAGUGGUCCAGCGAGCAGAAGCGGGGCGAGACGGCUGUCAUUAAUCUGAUCCCUGAGUCGGUCGAGUGGCUUAACUCGGCCCUCGCGCUUAUCUGGGGCCUGAUUAACCCGGAAAUGUUUGCCGGCGUCGCCGACACGCUCGAGGAUGUCAUGCAGGCCAGUGUGCCGGGAGUCGUGGAUAACGUAAAGGUCAACGACAUCUCGCAAGGCUCUAAUCCCAUCCGCGUUCUGAGUUUGCGUGCUCUCCCCGACUCUCAUGUUAGCGACCUCAAGGAAGAGGUCCGCAAGGAGAACCAGCAGAACAUGGACCCGCAAGAGGCCGCAGCUGAGGAGGAGGGUGGCGAGUUCUACAACCUUGAAGCCACCGUCGCCUACCACUCGCUACCCUCAGGCAGCGACGUUGCCUCAAAGGCCAAGAACAUGGGCAUGCAGCUGGUUUUCUACCUGGGUAUCCGGGGCCUCUUUGGCGUCCCUUUCCCAAUCUGGGUUGAGCUCAACGGCCUGGUUUGCACGGUUCGCAUGCGUGUGGCCUUCUCGCCCGAGCCGCCUUUUGUCAAAACGCUCAGCUUCACGCUGAUGGGUCUUCCCAAGAUCGAGGCCAGCUGCAUUCCGUUGGUGGAGAAGGGGGCCAAUGUGCUCAACCUGCCCCUGAUCUCCAACUUUGUCAACUGGACCAUUGCCACGGCUGCCAAUAUGUAUGUCGCGCCCAAAUCCAUGACGCUGGACAUUGGUAAGAUGCUUCAGGGCGACGGCAUCCAAAAGGACACAACCGCGCUCGGCGUACUGUUCAUUCGCAUCCACAAGGCCACCGGUCUCAGUAAGCAGGAUGCCCGCGGGUCGAAGGGCGGCGGCUCCGACCCGUACAUCUGCGUGGCCUUCUCCAAGUUUGGUAAGCCGCAGUACUGCACGCGUGUCAUCCAAGACGAUCUCAACCCCGUCUUUGAGGAGUGUGCUGCCCUGAUCGUCACACCCGACAUUAUCCGCGCGGAUGAGCAGCUGUCGCUCGAGCUAUGGGACAGCGACCGCUCGUCUGCUGAUGAUGUUGUUGGCAAGGUCGAGCUGAGCAUCCAGAAAUUGAUUUCCCAUCCCGGCAAGAUGUUUCCACAAGUCUCGGGUCUGCGUGGUGUCAAGGCCGAGAGCAGUAUGCCGGGUGACCUGCAUUGGGAGGUGGGCUACUUCAGCAAGACCCAGUUCCGUCGCGCACUGCGCACCGACGGAAAGAACCCGUCACUGCCGAAGGAGCUGCGCGAUGACCCCAAGUUCCAGGACGAUCAUGGCGUCAUCACCAGCCCUGAGGAGGAUGCAGUCGUCCACACACCGCCUGACCCUCUGUGGCCUAGCGGCGUCCUCAGUGUCGUUGUACACCAGGUGGUCGGUCUGGAGCUCGAGAAUGUCAAAGGAUCCAACGGCAAGCGCAAGGGCCGUGAGUACGAGCCUGCGCGGCCCGAGGCUGGUGAACUGAAAGAGGAGCAGGGCAAGAGGCUGCCGAGUGCCUACUGCACCAUCAUCAUCAAUGACGAGCUCGUGUACAAGACGCGCACCAAGGUCGUGUCGUCCAAGCCUAUUUUUGAGGCCGGUACUGAGCGCUUCAUCCGCGAUUGGCGCUCUGCUAUUGCCACCGUCACCGUCCGCGACUCGCGCAACCGCCAGCACGACCCAAUCAUUGGCGUCGUGCCGUUGAAGUUAUCCGAGGUACUGUUGACGGGCAGCCAAAGCACACGCUGGUAUCCUCUCGAUGGCGGCAUUGGCUUCGGGCGCAUCCGUAUCAGCCUGCUCUUCCGCUCCGUCGAGCUGACGCUGCCGCCCUCCCAAGUCGGCUUCGGCGAGGUCGGCACCUUCGAAUUCCUCUCCGACUCCAUUACAUCCACACAGUAUGCGCCGUCGUCCCGCGUCAAGAUGCGUCUGCGCACCGGAGGCAGCUCUGCCAACAUCCGUAGCGAUAAGAGCAGCCGCACCGAGACCGGCCAUGGUCUGCGCUGGGACAUUAGCGGCAUCGACGAGGAGGGCAAGGACCACGCGGCCAGGAGCGACAAUCGUGUGCGCCUGCCCGUUCAGUACCGUUACCGGUCGCCUAUUUUCUUUGAGCUUCAUCCCGUCGGUCGCCGCGGUAAGGUUGCCUAUGCUAGCAUCUGGCUGCAAGACGUUGUCGAUAACGAAGAAACCAGCUUCGACAUUCCCAUCUGGAAAUGCGACAACCCACUACGCCUCUCUCAAAAUUAUAUAACCGAGGAGAACUACCGCUCCAUCCCAGACAUCGACAUUGAAGAGGUCGGCCGCUUGCAGUUUCGCGGUCGCUUUAAGCCCGGUAUGGACCUCGAGCACCUCAAGUUCAUCAGCGACAACGACUCGCGUGAGACCGUCGAGACUUGGGAGGCAUGCUUUGCUGAAGGCGUCCGUGGUGAGGUGGUCAAGGCCGAGAUCCCCAAGCACGUACAGAAGAUGCACAACGAGUCCCUGUUAAAGAGCCGGGAUGUGAUUGCGUCGGCUUCCAAGGGUGACCAGCAAAAAUGGCUGGCCAAGGACGGCACUGACUGGUCAGAUGCUUUUGGCACAAGUGCAGACCGCCCCGAAGGUGCCACUGCCGUGGAUACUGCCGCCGCAAAUAUGACCGGCGCCGAUGUCGAUGGCGUACCAAGCGGACCAAACCGUCAGGAAACGAUGAACGACUUCGGUGGCCCCGGUGCUACUGGAUACGUCGGCAAUGACGAAGACGAGGAUGCGUACGACUACGACGACGAUGACUUCGAUGAAGACGACUUCGACGAGGACGAUAUUGAAGAGGACGAAGAUGGCGAGCCGCGUAUUCGCAGCACAGCUGACGCCGCUAGUCGGAGUAGCCGGCACAGAAGUAUGCGUGGCGCUCAAAACAGUGGCCACCAUUCUCAGCCCUCAGGCGAUUCUGUCGAUCUGGGCAUCAACGACGCCUCGUCCACGGCGAAUAGUGCCAGGCACAGUCGUACCAACAGUGGAGCUACGGGCGGUGUCUUGUCGUCAAGGAUCAGCGAUGGCGCCGGCAGCAGCAAUGGACAGAAUAGCUCCAAGAGCGUAGAUGGAACAAGUGUGUCAGGAUCGCGCCGAAAGAGCAUCAGCAGCAUCAGCAACCCCAUCAAGCAGUACAAGGAUUACAAGUCCCGAAACCGUGACCUGCAUCGCCGCCACCGAGGGUUAAUGCAAUGGAAACCCAUGCGCAAUAUGCAGUUUGCCAAGGACGAGGCGACGUUUGCCGUCCGCCGGGUGCUGAACGUCGGCAAGCUUACCGGGCGUUCACCGGACGUGGAGACAGAGGUGUAA